CCUCCCGUCAUCGAAUUUACAAAUUUGGGCCUGGAAGCGAAGGCUGAGUCGAAGGACAGUCGUUUAGAAGAAGGCACGAAUCUCGGAACAUCGGACAAAUCGACCGCGCAGGAAUGGCUGGGCACAGCAGUGACAUUGAAGCAGACAACUACUCUGACUGGUCGGGUCUGGAGACGCGCCUGGAGUCCUUCCGCCACUUCCCGAUCGUGGCCCAGGUGUCGGCGGAGCGCCUGGCCCGCGCCGGCUUUUACUUCACGGGCGAGGCCGACCGCGUGCGCUGCUUUAGCUGCCACCAGACGGUGGAGGGCUGGCACCGUGGAGAUGCCCCCGUGGACCGCCACCGUCACGUCUCCCCCACCUGCAAGUACCUCAGCUGCGUACACGGCGUGCGUCCGGCUUCCCCCAUGAACAGCUCCCUUGCCUACGACGAAGAGGCUGAGGACAUGGAGUACCGUCUUCGCAGAGGUGAGGUGGUAGACGACACGAUGUAUCCCGUCGCUCCCCACAUGCGCAGCGAGGAUGACAGACUGCGCUCGUUUGCGGGCUGGCCCACCUCAGCCCCUGUCACGCCACGGGCGCUUGCCCAAGCUGGCUUUUUCUACCUGGACAUGGAAGACCGUGUGCAGUGCUUCUGUUGCGGCGGCAUGCUGUCAGAGUGGAGCAGCGGAGACGAUCCCUGGGACGAGCAUGAGAAGUACUUCCGCAACUGCUUCUUCGUGUUGGGCCACGAUGUGGGAAAUGUGCCCUCCUCGCUGCCACCGGAAGAGCCGAGGGAGCGGCAGCCCUCGACGGACUCCUUCGAGGAGCGUCUCCGCAGUUUUACUGGCGUAUCGCAUCCCAUCGCCCCUGAGAGACUCGCCAGGGCCGGUUUCUACAGCUCAGGUCCACCUGACCGGGUGACAUGUUUCACGUGCGGGGGAGGCCUGAAGAACUGGCAGCCGGAGGAGGAUCCUUGGGAAGAGCAUGCCAAGCACUACCCAGGCUGCCGCUUCCUUCUGGGGGAGAAGGGCCAGGAGUUUGUGAACAGGAUACAGCUGGGGGAUCCCAGUGGCAGCGGCUCGACACCCAGUCAUCAAAAUGGAAUUCCUGCUCCAGGAAGAGACGAAGACCCCCUGGAAAAGCUGCAGAAGCUGCAGAGGGAGAAGCAGUGCAAGAUCUGCAUGGACAGAGACAUUGCAAUAGUCUUUAUCCCAUGUGGACACUUGGCCACCUGCAACGACUGCUCCCAGUCCUUAACCAAGUGCCCCAUCUGCUGUGCUGUCAUCACACAGAAGAUAAAGGCUUACAUAUCCUAGAUGCUGCACCCACCCAGCUUCUCAUUGGUUAAUUGUUCUUAAAUGUUAUAGUUACUAUACACUGACUCUGCAAUAACUUUGGGAACUGUAGUAUAUGAAUGUAAGAGUCACUUUUUCCCCUCCACAGAAAGUUUAUAGAGUUAAGGCCCUGGUAACAGUUGACUAUCCUAGGGAUAUGAAGCAGUUGAAUGACAUGGGACAACUGGAGUUUAGAACCACUUUGCUGUUCAUGCUUCAGUUUCACCACUGUAUCUCUUGGGGAAUGGGACCAAGUGAAGAGCCAAACAAGCCCUUCCCACAGUCUGACAAGUACAGAUUUAAGCAUUACUCCAGGGGUUCUCAAAUGUGGAAGUAACUUAUGAAUGACAUCAAGUUGCUGCUAUUAACUGCAAACAACACUGCCAGAACUCAGCUGUUUGUAAAUGACUGUAAAUGAAGUGAAAUUGGGUGGGUUUUUAUUAUAUAUCCAAAUCCAGGUAGGAUCUAUUUAUAUAGCUGAAAUGUAAUUUUUAUUUUCUUAUGACAAUGAGUACAUGGGUAUGCCAUAUAUACUGAUGUGUACAUAGUGGUAAUUAUAAAUAUGCUAGCUUAACAUUUCAUGCUUUAGAUUUGAGCUUCAUUCAGAGCAGCAACUAGAAAUACAGUAAGAAUUUCAUUCCAAAAUACUACAGUCAGAAUAUUUGUCUAAGGCUAUGCCUUUGUAAAAAAUAAAAUGUUCCUAUUAUAUGAUUUCCUGCAUUUACAAAGUUGUAAUUUUCAAUGCUUACGGUGCUCCACAAGCCUGUGUUUCUGAAUCCAAAUAUUUUUUGCUAUUUUGAAUUAAUGGACUUUUAAAUGUUCUAAUGAAAUAAAUAUUUUA